AUGAAGCUGCCUUAUUUAGCUGCGGCUGCCAGUGCCCUUGCUGUGAGCACGACCGCAUCCGCAAUUUCCGCCGAAGAGGUGUAUCUCGAUGCCGUGAAAGAUGUCGGCCACCUGCGUCGUGCCCUCCCAAACGCGCCGGACGAUUACACUCCUACCCAUGUCCAAUGUCCUGCGAGUCGUCCUUCUGUGAGGAGCGCGGCGUCAUUGUCACCCAAUGAGACAGCAUGGCUGGAAAUAAGACGGAACAACACGGUCGAGCCAAUGCGGACACUCUUGAGCCGUUUGAAUAUCACGGGAUUUGACGCUGGGGCUUACAUUGACCGAGUCUCCAACAACGCCUCUGCUUUACCCAACAUUGGCAUUGCCGUGUCUGGAGGGGGCUGGCGCGCCUUGAUGAACGGAGCGGGGGCCAUUAAGGCGUUCGAUUCUCGAACCGAUAACAAUACUGGCACUGGACACCUGGGCGGCCUGCUCCAAUCAGCGACCUACCUUUCCGGCCUUAGUGGCGGCGGCUGGCUGGUUGGUUCUCUGAUGAUGAACAAUUGGACCACCGUGGGAGCACUACAAGCCGAUGAUGCAGGCUCCGUUUGGGAAUUUGGAAACUCCGUCUUCAAAGGCCCAGACACUGGCGGGGUUCAGUUAUUCGACACUGCUGAAUACUACUCGCAUCUUGUGAGCGAUGUUGAUGGGAAGGACGAUGCCGGCUUUGAUAUCUCCUUGACCGAUGUCUGGGGUCGCGCGCUUUCCUUCCAGUUGAUCAAUGCUACCGACGGAGGCUCCUCUUAUUUAUGGUCUUCGAUUGCGCAGUCGAAAGGUUUCCAAAAUGGCGAUUAUCCCUUUCCCAUUCUGGUUGCCGACGGACGGGCCCCAGACGAGGUGCUGAUCUCGGGGAACACAACGGUGUUCGAAUUCAAUGCCUUCGAAAUGGGCACUUGGGAUCCCACCUCCUAUGGCUUUGCCCCUGUGCGAUAUCUGGGCAGCAACUUCACGGCUGGCGAGGUUCCCGACAAUGACACAUGUGUGGUGGGAUUUGACAACGCCGGAUUCAUUAUGGGAACCUCGUCCUCACUAUUCAACCAGUUCCUGCUUAAUCUGAACGGGACCGACAUAUCUGACACGUUGAAGAAACUCCUUGGCCAUUUAUUAAGUGAUCUAGGCGAGGCCAACGAUGACAUUGCCGACUACACACCAAACCCGUUCUUCCAGUACAGCCCCGAAACCGAUCCAGGCGCCAACUCGACUCGACUGACCCUCGUCGAUGGCGGGGAGGACGGCCAGAAUAUCCCUCUCCACCCGCUGAUCCAGCCUAAUCGACACGUCGAUGUCAUUUUUGCCGUCGACUCCUCCGCCGAUACGAACUACAGCUGGCCAAAUGCCACUGCACUGGUCGCAACCUACGAACGAUCAUUGAGCGACAUUGCCAACAACACCGCCUUCCCGAGCAUACCAGACCAGAACACUAUUGUGAAUCUCGGACUCAACACCCGCCCGACGUUUUUUGGCUGCAACUCCUCCAACUUUACCGAAGGCUCCACUAUCCCGCCGCUCGUUGUCUACAUUCCCAAUUCUCCGUACGUGACGCUCAGCAACGAAUCCACGUUCACUUUUUCAACCAACAAUUCGUACCGCGACGCAAUCAUCCUGAACGGCCUCCACGUAGCGAGCAUGGCAAAUGGCACUGUCGAUGAGACUUGGCCGACAUGUGUUGGUUGUGCCAUCCUUAGCCGCAGUCUUGAACGCACUGGUACAGAUAUCCCCGAUGUCUGCACUAGCUGCUUCAACCGAUUCUGCUGGAACGGCACCCUCGACUCGUCCACCCCAAAGACCUACGAGCCUACUCCCAUUCUGGAGACUGCGGAUGCCAAGGGGCAUGCGUCCUCGAAGUCGGUCGGUCUCUGGACUGCGAUAGCUGCAGCAGCUGUGACAGUGACCCUGGUUCUCUGA